CUUGGACUUCCCAAGCGCUUAGUCCAGUGCUCUGCACACAGUGACGAUCCGUUGACGAUGGCGCUUUCUGGAAGCCGGGCCUUCGGGCGGGACUGAGCGACGCGGCCCGGCCCCCGGGACGGCCGGAUCCCCCCCCCCCGCGGCUGCCCGUGGCCUGGGGGGUCUUCUGGUCGCCCACUGGCCUAAACCCCAGCUGUCCACCUCAUCUAGAGCGAGCCUCGUGCUGGACCUGCCCUCCCAGAUGCCCUUUCCUCACCUCUGGCACCGGGACCAACGAACCUCAUGAAUAGCAAUCUGGCGAGCGUCACCAGCGCGGGCCCGGAGGAAGACCUGCCCGAAGUGGAGCUGGUGAGCCUGCUGGAGGACCAGCUGCCCCAGUACAGGCUGCGGGCCGACGCCCUGUAUCUCUACCAGCACCGGGACUGGAGCCGGGCCCCGGGGUCCGGGUUCGAGGGCCCCCCGGGCUCCCCGCCGCCCCCCGCCGCCCCCAUCUCCCCGCUCCUGGCCCAGGAGACCUUCCGAUACAUGAUUCUGGGCACCGAGCGGGUAGAGCAGAUGACCAAAACCUACAAUGACAUCGACAUGGUCACCCACCUGUUGGCCGAGCGGGACCGAGACCUUGAACUCGCGGCGCGAAUCGGACAGGCGCUCCUGAAGCGGAACCGCUCCCUGUCCGAGCAGAACGAGGCCCUGGAGGAGCAGCUGGCCCAAGCCUUUGACCGGGUGAACCAGCUGCAGCAUGAGGUGUCCAAGAAGGAAGAGCUGCUCCGCCUGGUCUCCCGCGCCUCCGAAGAGAGCGACCCGGCCCCCAGCUGCUCCACACCCCUGCGCUUCCAGGAAUCCCUCAGCCUUUCCCAGGGCCUGCUUCAGCUGGACGCCCUCCAGGACAAGCUCAAGGACCUGGAAGAGGAAAACCUGGCUCUUCGAUCCAAGGUUUGUCACAUAAAGACAGAAACGAUUACCUAUGAAGAGAAGGAACAGCAGCUGGUCAGCGACUGCGUUAAAGAGCUCCGCGAAACCAACGCCCAGAUGUCCCGAGUGACGGACGAGUUGGCGGCGAAGAGCGACGAACUGAUCCGCUACCAGGAGGAGAUCUCUUCCCUCCUGUCCCAGACCGUCGACCUCCAGCACAAAAUCAAAGAACAUGUGAUUGAAAAGGAGGAACUCAGACUUCACCUGCAAGCGUCUAAAGAUGCCCAGAGGCAGCUGACCAUGGAGCUCCACGAGCUGCAGGACCGGAACGUGGAAUGCCUGGGAAUGUUGCACGAGUGUCGGGAAGAGGUGAAGGAGCUCCGCAGCCGCUCCGGCCCCGCGGUCCACCUGCACUGCCCCCCGGCCUGCGGACCCUUUUCCGUGGAAUCCCUGGCAGCCGAGAUCGAGGGAACCAUGCGGAAAGAGCUGAGUUUGGAUGAAGACUCCCCUCUCUGCAAGCAGAAGGGCCAGCAGAAGCGAGUGUUUGAUACGGUGAAAGUGGCUAAUGACACCCUCGGUCGCUCGUUCUCGUUCCCCGCCCUGCUGCCCAUCCCGGGGUCGAAUCGUUCCGGCGUCGUCAUGACCGCGAGACCCUUCCAGUCCAGCCCAAAGCACCCCGCCAGCCCAGCCCAGCCGGGCCCCGACAACAGCUCGGGAGAGGAGAAGGAGAUUCCCAAGGACGAGCAGGAGGGGGACCGGCCGGGGGCCGACGGCGACGUGGCCACGGCUCAGCACCGCCUCUGCCUGCGGUGGCACAACGACCUGAGCGAGAGGCGGUUCUUCGCCGAGGCCCGCGGGGACGGGGAGGAGGAGGAAGAGGAGGAAGAGGAGGCGGGGGGCUCCCGCAGCUCCCCGCCCAGCUUGGCCUCCCUGAGCACCUUCCAGUCAUCGGAGCUGACGGACAUGAGCGCCGGCUCCGGCGGCCUGCGGGCCUUCGCGCCCGAAAAACUCCAGAUCGUCAAACCCCUUGAGGGCUCUCAGACGCUCCACCAGUGGCAGCAGCUGGCCCGGCCGAACCUGGGGACCAUCCUCGACGCCCGGCCCGGGGUCCUGACCAAAGGCUCGGCCCUCCCGCCCGAGCGGGCACUGUACCGCCUGUCCGACCCGGAGGAGGACCCCGAAGAUGCCGGGGGGAUAACGUUUCGGGUGCGGCCGUCAUUCCCGGGCAAGGAGACGCCCGUGGGGAUCUUCCUCCCGCCUGGUACUUCGGUGGCGGCCACCGCGGCGCCGUGCCCUGCCGCGAACCCCGGGAAGUGCCUGUCCGCCACAAACUCCACAUUCACGUUCACCACCUGUCGGAUCCUGCACCCUUCCGACGUCACUCAGGUCACUCCCAGCUCCAUGUGCGGGGCGGCGAUGUCGGGAGGAGGCGGCGGCGGCGGCGGCGGCGGUGGUCCGUCCGGUCCAGCGGUGGGUCCCCCGGCCGCGUCCUUCCAGCUCGGCGGGGGCCGCUCCCUCAGCCACCGCGGGGACUCCACGACCACCUUUAGCAGCACCGUGGGCUUGGCCCAGCUCCUGCAAGAGCGGGGCAUCUCGGCCCGGUCAUACCCCGGCCCUGCCCCCCCACGGCCCCCUCCCGUCCUCCGGCCCCCCGCCACCCCGCCCAAUUCCCCGUCCCGGUCUCCGUGCUCUUCUCCCGGGCCCUUCGAGCCCCGGGUGCCCCCCUGCGAGAACUUCCUGGCCUCGCGGCCGGCGGAGAGCUUCCUGCGGGAGCUGGACGGGCUGCGGCCCACCCGGACCGCCUCCGACGUCAGCCGCAGGAAGGGGCACCUGGUGGAGAGGCUGAAGAGACUGGGCAUCGCCCGGCCGGGAGCCGGCGGGGAGGGGCCGCCGGCCCGGCUCGGCUUGCCCAGGCCGGACUCCGCCGUCCUGUUGCCCGCCGGGGGCAACUUCCUGGGCGGCCUGAGGCGGAACCAGAGCCUCCCGGUCCUGCUGGGGCCGCUCGGGGCCGCGGCCCGCACGCCCUCCCCCAUGGUGGACCCCCUGAAGGACCUCUGAGGGUCAGGCGGGUCUGGUCCCGCCGGCCGCCCGAGAACGGGCGGAGGAUGGAUGACCGCUCGGACACGGGUCAGCCUGAGGAAGGGCCAGAGCCGCCGGGGGGUUGGGCGUGUGAAAGAAGGGGAGACGGGGACAGGAGCUCGAGGGCGGGAGGAAGGCGUGAAUACCCCGGUGUGAGGGGACGGGAAGAAGCGAAGGAACGAAUGGAGCGUCGGGCUGGCUUUUUUUUACGGUUGCCUCGGUUCCGUUGGAAGCUGCAAGCUUCAAGAGAGGCCAUCAGCCUGCCGGAGUGGUAAGGAAUACCGGCAGGCUAAUUUUCCCGUUCUCCUCCCCCCCAGUAGCGGGGGAAGCCCCUAGCCUCCAACGGCCCUCGGACAACUGAGGUUCGAGGGGCGGUGCAGGCCGAAGGGAGCGAGACUGCUUUUCCCCCCUGAAUGCAUAGGCGCACAAUCAGCCGGGAGCCGGGUGGGGUGCGGACAACCGAGACCCGGAAGGAUUAGGCCCCUCUCCCGGCCCACCCCCCAGGUCGGAAAAGAGCAGCAAGCGAGCCCCAGACACGACCGAGAUUCUCGUUUUGGAGCCUUUGGGGGUUGCACGGAGCGAAUAAACCCGCACUCGGUUCAGGGGCUGGGGGCGGCCCUCCUUCUGACGAAAGGGAGGAAUCGGAGCCCGAGAAAUCCCCGGCCACAGGUAACGUCUUUCGUAGGUCAGUGCAAUGGCCAAGGGGCCCGGCACCGGUGGAGAUCCUCAAAAUCCCCGGCGUCCGCCUGGGGCCCCGAGAAGUGCAAUCCGUUGUCCGUUAGCUAAAACGGAAACAUUUCGCGGUGCAGAUAACACGUGUUGUAAAAUGUGCUGGGCAUAUUUUGAUUGAACAGAUCUCUGUUUGCACAGAAACUCCUCAGGCCCGAUUAGUUGUGGUAACGGAAUAAAGGGCAGGGAGAUGCGGGCGCUGGCGGUAGGUUUGGGUGGGGAAUUCUGCUGGAGAAGGAUGAGACGCUCGCACGAACACACACACACAGAAUCGCACACACAGCACGUUGGGAGAGGCCGCAGGGGUCUCAGUCAUUUCCCCUCUCCCAUCUUGUGGGCGAGGGGAGAUGUGCUCUUGGGAGCGGGCAGGGAGCAGCCCUUGGGGGAGGACCCACCUGCUUUGAGGCUAUAAAAGGGAUGGCAACUGCCUCCUCGGGGGGCACGUCCUGCUUCCUGGCCCCUUUCAGGAGUUUCACCCUGGGCCGCUCCAACCCAGGUAUUUCAAAAACGCUCCACAGAUGGGGAGGAGGAAGGGGUCCCUGUCCGGGUUGGCGGGCUCUCGUGAGGUUAGCUGGCAAGAGACUUGCCUCUCGCCCUCCGUCUCUUCAUCUCGGGGCCAGACCCGCUCGGUGACCUGAAUAGACCCACCAGGAGGCCAGGCCAAGCCCACCGGGGAGGUAGAAGCUCCCGGGAGGGCCAGGCGGAUUGGCACGCGAGGCUUUUUGUAGCCCUCGCCCAGGCCUCAGUAGGCAGGGGCUCCUAGGUCAGUCUUGUAUCGCCAGGCUGGCCUCGGGGGCAGUUUUUACACAGUUUCACUGCCAAAACUUUUCAAAACACAGCAACCUCCCCCACGAGACCCUCGAGCUACGGGGCCGAGGCCGGGGAUGGGCAGGGAAUCCCAAGGCCCCUUCUUGGCCGGGGAGCACUCUAGUCAUCCCGUCAAAAUCACCACAGGGGUAGAAGGCUUCCCCGGGGGAAGCUGCGUCAGAUCCCGUAGGAUGUAAGCACCCAGGCAGGCUUCUCAAAGUCCGGCGGAGUCGGGCACAGGAAAGGGGAUUUCUAGAAUGUUUCCCUCACGAUUGAAGGCCCGGAGUUUCCGAGAAACAGGCCCGGGAAGCCACGGAGGGAGGGCAGCCCAGAAGCUAGAGAAGAGCACAAAGAAUAAAACUAGUGACAAUUUUAUGUAAACUGUUGGUGAAAUAGAUUUUUGACACGUUCAGUAUUAAAUAAAUUGGAAUUGAAUAGCUAUGUGUCUUGCCAACUGUUGUACCACACUUUCCUCUGGCACUGGAUUACCCUCAGGACUAGCCUCUGAUUAAAACCAUUCCCGUUUGCCAACAGGGUAGAUAUGGAGGUUUCUCUAGACUGUAGGCUCGUCGUGGGCAGGGACGAGGUCUACCGACCCUUAGAUUGUACUCUCCCAAGUGUUUUGUACGGUGCUGCGCACCCAGUAAGCACUCGAGAAAUACGAUGGAUCGGUUGAAGUUCCAGCAGGAGCACGGAAGUCCUGGGUUUGUGUUUCCAUGGUGAAUCGCUGAUUUUUUGUUUGGGUGUUUUUGGUAAAGGAAAUGUCAGUGUUUGGUUCUGCUGUCUGCCUGGUGACGUCUGACGCCGCUAACGGUGCCCAAUGUGGA